UCCAGACACGUUGUUUUAUUGUGAAAAACCCACCCGGAAGCUAAAGUUGAUAUUAUAUUGUAGCUUGAAAAAGGCAGAGCUUGGGCCAUAACAACCACCCAAGAAGACGAGCUACUACAGGGAAAAUAUUGUGCAAAAAAACUGAGAACAAAACCAUCCCAGAUCAAUUAUUAGUCACGGUUAAUGUUGGCACUUGACCAGAAAGUCGGGGCAAGUGGAAGUGGAGUUCACAUUGGAUAUGAAAUGCUGACGUCGAGUCGUGCGUAACGAACAGAGUUGGAAAAAGAAGGUGUUGAGCUGCAGUUUUUUCUCUCCACCCUCUGCCAGGGACAACUUGGUCGGAGUGCUGCUUUCAGUAGGAGCCGAAGAUAAAUGUACCACCCACGACGACUAUCAUCCGCUCUGACGUUCCAGGCAUGGCUGGCAGGACCCAGGGCUGUGGGAAAACUUCAGAUGAUCCGUGGCAGACACGUGACUGAUGAGUGAGGGGUGUGCAGUCGCCUGAGCAGAAUGACUCAGCAAGAGGGGAGACCCCCACGAAGCAAGUGAAGAGACGUGAGGAUGGGUGCCAAUGGAUCCAGCUAUCCACACUCAUGCUCCCCACGCAUAGGAGCCAAUGCACAGACGCAGCAGACGUUUAUUGGGACCUCGUCCUAUUCUCAGCAUGGGUAUGCUUGGGAGUCGAAGCUGUACAGCCUUGAGCAUGGCCAUGAGCGUCCCGCCGACAGGAAGAAGAAAAGCCUUGGCCUGGCAACCCUCAAAAGGCGCUUCAUCAAACGAAGAAAGUCCAGCCGGUCGGCGGACCAUGCCCGGCAAAUGCGUGAGCUGCUUUCCAGCUGGGACGUUCGAGACACAAAUGCCCUGGUGGAGGAAUACGAGGGCACUGCGGCCCUCAAGGAGCUGAGCUUCCAGGCAAGCCAAGCGCGGGCCGACGCGCCCAGCUUGCCCCGGGACCUGGCCGCCCUUUAUCAGCAUAAAUACUGCACUGACGUAGACCUUAUCUUUCGUGGUACUUGCUUCCCAGCACACCGGGCCAUCCUGGCUGCCCGCUGCCCCUUUUUCAAGACUCUGCUGUCCUCAUCCCCUGGCUAUGGAGCGGAGGUCCACAUGGACAUUGACACAGCAGGCAUUGAUGUGCCCAUGUUCUCCGCCCUGCUACACUACUUGUACACAGGAGAGUUUGGGGUAAGCAGCGUAGAGGAUUCCAGGCUGCAGAAUGUGGAUGUGCUGGUACAGCUCAGCGAGGAGUUUGGAACACCCAACUCCCUAGAAGCAGAUAUGAAGGGCUUGUUUGAUUACGAAGGCUACUAUGAUGCCCUGCUGAGUUUCUCCUCAGACUUUGAGAUGGUCGAGAGUUUCAACGAGAGAGGGACUGUGGCUGGAGCACCCACUGUAGUUUCAGGAAAUGGCGGAGCUCCAGGAACUCCAGAUGAGGACCUUCGAGCUCAUAAGGCUAUCCUCUCGGCGCGCUCCCCUUUCUUUAGGAACCUUUUACAGAGACGCAUUCGAACUGGGGAGGAAAUGACAGAGCGCACGCUGCAAACACCGACCCGUAUUGUGCUGGAUGAGUCCAUUAUCCCGCGCAAGUAUGUGCAAGUGAUUCUCCACUGCAUGUACACAGAUGUAGUCGAGCUGGGAUUGGUUCUGCGCGGCAGCCCUUCUGCGGGCAGCCUUGGGGAAGUACAAGCUCUGGUGUCUGGGGGUCGGGGUGCCAGCACACGCACAGAAGAGGCCAUGGAGCUCUACCAUAUUGCUUUAUUCCUGGAAUUUAACAUGCUGGCACAAGGCUGCGAGGACAUUAUUGUGGAAAGCCUGUCUCUCGACUCGCUCGUGCCCAUCCUCAAGUGGAGCUCCCAACCUUAUGGCUCCAAGUGGGUGCACCGGCAGGCCAUGCACUUCCUCUGCGAGGAGUUCAGUCAGGUUGUCAGCUCGGAUGUUCUCUAUGAGCUCGGCAAGGAGCACCUUCUCAACGCAAUCCAAUCUGACUAUCUUCAGGCCAGCGAGCAGGACAUUCUCAAGUAUGUUGUUAAGUGGGGCGAGCAGCAGCUUAUUAAGAGGAUGGCAGACAGGGAGCCCAAUCUGCUGAGCGGCACAGCCCACAGCGUUAACAAGCGAGGAGUAAAGAGGAGAGACCUGGAUCCGGAAGAGCUAAAAGAGAUCUUGUCUUCGCUCCUGCCCUUCAUUCGAACUGAACACAUUUUACCCCCAAACAGCGACGUCCUGUCUGAUGCACUCAAAAGAGGUUUGAUAAGCACCCCUCCAUCUGACAUGCUACCCACGGCGGAGGGUGGGAAAGCCAAUGCCUGGUUGAGGCAGAAGAAUGCCGGCAUCUAUGUACGACCUCGCCUCUUCUCUCCUUAUGUGGAGGAGGCAAAGUCGGUGCUGGAUGAAAUGAUGGUGGAGCAGACCGAUCUGGUGCGCCUGCGACUCGUGCGCAUGUCUAACGUCCCCGACACACUCUACAUGGUCAACAACACCGUGCCACAAUGCUGUCACAUGGUUAACCACCAGCAAAUGUCAGUUACCUCAUCCGCUGCCCCGUCAGUUGUGGCCAAUGAAAUCCCAGUGCCGCAGCUCUCAGUGGUGAAGGAUAUGAUCCACAGGCUUCAGGAACUUAGACACACGGACCAGGUGCAGAGAGCGUAUGCCCUCAACUGCGGCGAGGGCGCCACUGUCAGCUACGAGCUGCAGUUGCGAGUGCUGCGGGAGUUUGGUCUGGCAGACGGAGCCACCGAACUACUCCAGAACCCCUACAAGUUCUUUCCUGACGAACGAUUUGGAGACGAGAGUCCAAUUCUGGCUCUGCGCCAGGUGGGUCGAUGCCGCGUAAACAGCAGCCCAGCCAUGGAUAGCAUGUUCACAGAGCUGGAAGGAGUAGCGGGUUUCCAUCCUCCUCUGCCUCCUCCACCUCCCCCGUACCACCCUCCUGCUACACCCAGCCACGCUCAGCUCAAAGGCGCUUGGCGACCCCGCAUUCCCAUGCCCACCCCCACCCGUUCCUUUUCCUACCCUUGCAACCGCACCCUGAGCCAGCGCCAUGCAGCGUCCAAGCAUGGCGGCUCGGACUACUCCUCCGUGCCCAGACCCCAGCCCCCAGACUGCACCAAACCGCAAGCUAUGGGCCGGGCUUUACUUUCAGAACAGCAAGCGAUGGGCAUGGAGCCAGUUAUGAGGGAGUUCAUGCCUGACAUUGCACUGGGCGUCUCCGUCAUGUCCUUGAGGGAACAACACAUGGCAGAGAUGGACAGGGAAAGCCCUCACAGCCCCAUGGCCCCCUCUGGCCAUCACCUGCCCCAUGGGCCCUGCCCCUCCAACCGUCACAACCACAGCCACGGUCCAGGACAUGGACACUCCUGCAAGAGACACGCUCCUGAGCCCAAACUGGAGGUGCAAGCGGAAUUCCCCGACCUGUAUGACUUCUCCUGUCGUCCUUCAUCUCCAGCCUCCACGCAUCCUUUGCCCACAUUUACAGGACCGGACCUCUACAGCCAUAGCCGCACCCCUUCCGGACCCUUUACCCCCAACUAUAUUACUGACUCUCAGUCGCAGGGCCACCCACAGGGACGCACCGGGCCAGACCCGCUACGGCUUGAUGUUCUCAGUAUGACCUCUCAGAGGCAUGACGGUGUUAGUCCCUCGGGGGUCCAGCCUAGGAUAGGACACAUGCCAAGGAGACGUUCAAAUGAGACAGACCUGACUCACGGCUUAGGCCAUCUGCGGUCCCCCAGCGGAAAUCUGGACGGCUAUGAGGAGAGACUGGCUGGACCUAGAGACACACCUGAGGAGAUGGUUCUGGGUGUGGAGUCAUCAGGCCUAGGGUCUCACAGAAACAGCGUAAACGAGGACAUGGCCAGAGACCGCAGGUCACCCAGCAAGCCUGACUACACUUACAAAAAAUCUGCACUUUAAUCCCAGCUAUUGAGUUAAGUAAAAAAGGGAAUGACUCACUGCCCGUUGUAUUGAAUGGUCAAGCACUAAAUUGUGUGUGCGUGCGUGCGUGUGUGUGUGUGCGUGCUAAAGAUAAGCAGAGGGGAGGAAAGGUGAUCAGUUGCUAUUUAUAGGAUGUGUUCUUUCUGUCCUACCUCUGCCACACGACUCCAUCCAUCACGGUCAGAAGAAGAGAUGUGCGGUUCAUCUCAGUGCUGUCAAUCACAACACUUCAUGUAGCCCAGUCGCCAAGCGGCAGUCAAACAAAGACUGCAUUCAUUUUGCCUGUUGAUAACAAUCUCCAUUUACAAAGAGCUGCAACAUCUAUAAAAGAGCAUUGCGAUAAAACCGUAUGUAAAUAUGUCCGCCUGGUUUCUCCCAUUAUUAUUUUUUUCUCUGUAGCUUCCGACCAUUCUGGUUCUGGCUGUGGCACACAAAAAGCCGAAAUCGGAUCCGACGGGAUGUAGGUCAGCGGAGCAUGUCUACCACGUUUAAGCACAGAGCGCUACCUGGUGUUUCCUGUAGUUUGAGCAGGUUCAUUGCUGAGAACCAGCAGUGGAUGCCAUGGCAAUCAACGUGCUGUUAUCAAACGGAGUAGUGGGUUAUUGUUGACUUUGCUGCUGUGCGUCUGCGUGCAACAUCACACUUGUAGAGAUGUGGUGCCGAUCUCAGUACUGUAGUCUCACUAUGUACAUAUCACAGCAGCCCCCCUUUAAAUCUAAUGGCAUCAAGUUAUUAAUUCUUAAAGCCUUAACCAGUGCUUGGAAUGUUCUGUUUCAGCUACCUUUGAUUAAAUUCUCUAUGAUGUCAUUUGUAGCGCAAACCCUUAUUUUUUUCAAUUGACUGACUGUUCUAUUCUCGAAGAACUGUGUACAUCGGUUUUUAGCAUUCAUUCAGUAUAGCGGUCAGCAGCAGCUGUAGCUCCAAAAGCAUGCAAAUACAUGACUGAAAAGCCUGUUAGCAUGACUCUCACAUUUAAAAAAAAAUGUACAUGAAUGAAGCUCAUCACAUUUUAGUGGUUGUUGUGUUCAUGCGACAAUGUGUACUUUCUGUCCUGUCAUGAGAUCUCACCGCGAAUGUGGUGUAAAGAUUGUGUCUGAGAAUUAGUUCAAGUGUUACGCAUUUGAGGCAAUUUGCUCGAUCUUGUAGGAGGUAUUGGUUUUCAUGUUUUUUUUCUUUAUUGUACAAGAGGAAUGCGAAGGGAAUCUGAAUGCAUUUUUUUCAGUGUUUCUCCAAGAAUCACAGAGAAAGAAAACUUCAGAUUCCUCAGUUCAUGUUGUGUAGUUGUUCAAUUUUCCAGGACGUUUUUGCGCUGAAAAAAAAAGUGGUUGUUUUGCUCUUGGCUGUAGAGAGGACAGUGCCUUCCCUGCUUGCACCUGGCUUUUUAUGGGAGACUUUAAUGUCUAUGCAAGCUCUUUUCUACCAGCUUACCAGCCUGUGUCUGAUAGUUGUAGCUCCUUUUGUGUGCAUAGGUGCAUAGAUGUUAUUUAGCACACUUUGUUUUUAAUUGACUCAUCUGAUGUUUUGAUCUCUUGUGUUGGAUUCUAGCAAGUACAUUGUACUUGUAUGAUAUCUUAGGAAUCAAUGUUUGUAGACUGAUAUGUUCCAUUUAGUUUCACCGAUCUAUUUUUCUACUGGCGCCUCAAAAAGUUUGCAACAGUGGUCUACUUUGGCAUCCUCAAAAAUAAACUUGUUUGAUAUUAUGAAAUGAA